GGAAGGAAGAAAGGGGCCAGGAGGACAAUUUCAGAGUGGGCGAUUUGGUCUUGAAAAAAAACAUUCGACAGGAGCAGAGAAAAGGGGGGAAGCUGGAGCCAGAUAUGUUGGGACCCUAUAAAAUCAUUGAGCUUGAGGGAAAGAUUGCCGUCCUGGCUACAAGUAAGGGAAAGGGAAAGCUUCAAACAAACAUUGAUCUGCUGACACACUAUUUCCAGCCAGAGGAGAGGAUCCCUGCUAAACUGAAAAAAUUGUCAGAUCCUUCUCCUCUGGCUGGUCCACAACAGACACACACACAGACACUCAUACACAGCACACAAACACCCACAUCUGAGGUCAUACCAAAACCAUCGGAGGCUCCAUCCAUGGACUGCAAGGCCCAAAGACCAUCCAGUGAUCCUGAAAUUUUAAUCCGAGACAUAUGGACGGGGAGGAGAAGGGAGACCCUGUGGUCCAAGAUCGGGCCUUAUAAAAUCUAUUCGGAAAACCUCAUGGUCUUGGCCCCAGGAGAGCAGCUGGAGGGAGAGAUCGUGAAUGGCUAUCUAACAAUGGUGGGCAGGAAAGCUGGAGCACUAGUAAUCGACACGUAUUUGAUGACCUCACUCUGGCAGGGGACACACAAAGGUGGUUUAAGAAGGUUGGACCUUUUCAACCAUGACGUGGCAGCUGGAGCGGUCUGUCACAAUGGACACUGGACACUCAUUAUCAUGUACCUUAAGGAGAUGAGGGCCUUGUUCCUAGACCCAUUUGGGGCCACAGAUGAGCAAAUCCAGAAAUGCAAGGAUGUGACCAGAACACUGGUCCGUCAAAAGUGCCCAGCUGUUGGGAGAUGGGCAUGUACCACAGUAGGGCAUCCUAAACAGCAGGAUGCUGUAUCAUGUGGCGUGUUCGUGUGCAAGCUUGCAGAGCAGAUUUUAUUGAAGGAGGCGAUCCAGUACCCUGUGGACCACGAGGGUGUGGCAAUAUUGCGGCUCAACAUAGCAAUAUCUUUGCUGAAUAAUUCAGAUGACCUAUCGCAGCUGUGUCGAGCAUGUGGGGAGCUCAGCUCAGGGGCUGACAUUGAUGAUUGGGUAAGAAGAUUAAUUCAUAUCCUGGCCAACGACUGGGAUGCACCUUGGAUAGGUUACCUCAACAUCACCGGGUGAACACUCACUAUAACACAGAUAUUGAAAAUGUCUAAUUUAAUUCACCUAACUUGCAUGUCUCUGCACUUUUGGAGGACACUGGAGCAGCUGAAGGGAAAUAAGGACACAAACUCCACACAAAGGACCACAGCUAAGAUUUAAAUGCAGAAUCUGACACCCAUUGCCAUACAGUUUAUUAUGAUGAUGCCUAAUGAAGUUUAAACUGCAGAAUUUAACAUCCUAAAAUGGAUGACUGAUGUGAACCUGACAAUGUUUUGACAGCAUUCUAAGGUCUGUUUUUUUAAUUUUUCCCUUUCAGAUUGAGUGCACCACCUG